AUGUAAUAUUUACAACCAAAAGUAAUAGAAAAUGAAGUUUUAUGCAAACAGCAUAAACAACCGAUUGAAUCUGUCCUUCUAGACGCUAAAUUAUCGAACGAUUAGAGAGUUUUUUGCAAGUCUUGUAGCAAAUACAAUCCAAAUUAAGCUGAAAUUGUUGAUUAUCUUCUACUUAAAUAAAACUUUGAAAGAGAACAAUGUGAAAGGAUUAAACAAUAUUAGCCAAUAAUCAAACCUCAUAUUGAAUAUGUUGAAAACUUUUAUAAAGUUGCUGAUGCAUUUAGAACAAGAUUAGUUCGAUUAUUUGAUAAUUUACUCUGGCUUUCGAAAGAUUGGAUUACUAAUUUGGCUGAUUUUGCAUAAUAAUACAGCUUUUUUGGAGAAUUAGAUUUAUUAAUCGAGAGGAAGUAGUCAGUUAUUGAUUCAAGAAAUAUAAUUCAAAGUUUAAAAAAAAGAAAUGAAGAUUGGAAUAUUAAAAUAUAGAAAUAAUUGGAUCAAUUUGAUCUCUCUCCUUAAAUCAAGAAAUGCAAGGAUGUGUUGUAAUCUUUAAAUUAAUUAAUUCAAAAUCAAGAAAGAGAAAUUAACUAAGAAUAUUCUUCCAAUUCACAGAUACAAUUAACUUUAAAAGAAAUAAAGUAAGUCUAUUACAGAAAUGAUGAUUUCUAUUAAGUAUUAACUUAGACUAAGCAUUUUGAUGGAACGUACCUUAACUAGCUAUUUUAGAUGCUGAGUAAUAAGAAGAUCACUAAUUGUUUAGAAUUCUUUAAAAAUUAAACUGAUUUGAAAUUUAUCUCUUCUAUGAUUUAAAAUGUUAGUGAAAUAGACUUUAAUAAGAUAAAUUAUUCAACUGAAAAUUAUGAUUAAAUUAGAAAGGGUUUAAUAAAAUAAAUAUCUUUUGAUCAGAACAUAAUUGAAUUUUUGAAGUUCCUUGUAUAAUUUACAGCCGUUGACGAGAGAUUUAUCUAAAGCGGAUCGAAUGCACUCAAUUUAUUAGUAGAAAUGAAGGUGGAUUUGAAAGAAUAAAGCUUUGUGAAUAUAAGGAUUAGAGAUACGUCUUUGGUUGGUGGAAACUUUGUCAGAUGUAAUUUCAAUGGAUCAGAAUUUGAAAAUGUGGAUAUAAGUGGAAUGAACUUGAAUUAAGCUUAAUUGUUCAAUUGUAAAUGGAACAAUAUUAAAAUACAUGAGUUAAAUAAAUUAGAUGGUCAU